AUGGCUCCGACACACCAACACAGGAACCUUUUCGUUAAUCACUAUUUUCACCGACUGACAGUCGCCUGCGCCCUGCAGCAGUCGGCCGUUGACGUUGCGGAGGAGGAGGAACCUCUGGAUUUCAGCCCCGACGGCGAUGUCGAUAACCCGAGAGAAUGGCCUGCCGCCUUUAAAUGGACCCUGACAGUGGUCCUCACCAUUCUGGCCUUUUCGGUCACCUUCAAUUGCAUGUCCCUGAUCCCCGUGGCUGGCCGCAUCGUCACGGACCUUGCAGGAGGUAAAGAAAACAAGAAUGCCGCCGUCCUGCUCGUCACCAUCUGGGAACUCGGCGAGGCUGCCGGCCCGCUUCUGAUCGCACCUCUGUCCGAGACGAUAGGCCGGUGGCCCGUCAUGGUGGUGGCGAACGGACUGUUUGUCCUGUUCACAGUGUUUUCUGCCUCAGCCCCCUCGGUACCGCUAUUUAUCCUCUCCCGCGCCCUGAUGGGCCUUGUCGUCUCGUCCAAUGUGCUCAGCCCGGCCGUCAUUGGCGACGUCUUCGACCCAGAGCGCCGCGGCUCGCCCAUGAGCCUCGUCAUGGUAGCGCCCAUUGUCGGAUCGGCACUCGGCCCUGCACUCGGUGGUGCCCUCUCGGAGUCGUACGGCUGGCGUGCCGUACUGUGGAUCGCUGCCGCCAUCUCGACAAUCACGCAGGUACUCCUGCUCACGUGCUCGCGCGAAACAUACAAGGUGGUGAUUCUGCGUGUUCGGCAACUGGCCGACAGGAAAAGGGCGAUUGAUGCCGGUGAGACUGUCGUCGACAAGUUCGGCCUCGACAGCCGCAGCCAAAGGGCCAAGCUCCUCAGGUCCAUUGUCCGACCGUUCGUCGUGUUUGGGUCGUCGGGCGUGCUCAUGGCCCUGUCCUUCUUCGGGUCCGUCAUUUUUGCCCAGAUGUACAACAUUAACACAACGCUGCCUGACAUUCUGCAGGUGCGGUACGGUCUAUCGCCCGUGAUGACGGGCACGGCGCUCAUCUCGGUCAGCAUCGGAUCCGUCUUCAGCGUCGGCGCGUGCAACCUCGGGCUGGACCGCAUCUACGCGCACAUGAAGGCAUCAAACGCCGGCAUCGGCCAGCCUGAGUUCCGUCUGCCCAUUGUCGUCGUCGGCGCCCUGACACAACCGGUGGCCAUUGCCCUGUACGGCUGGGCUGCCGAGCUUCUCCUGCCGCUUCCCGUCAUGCUCUUUGCCACUGGUCUCCUGGGCGCGACGCUCAUGCUGGGAUUCCUGCCGCUGGCGUCGUACGUGGUCGAUGCAUUCGGGCUGUACUCUGCCAGCGCCAUGACAGGCCUCAUCGUAUCGCGGUGUCUGGCGGGGACGUUUCUCCCGCUACUGACGACGCCGUUGGUUGACGGAUUCGGGUAUGGAUGGGGGUUUACGGUGCUGGCCGUCUUCAACCUAUGUCUGGCGCCUAUACCGAUGGCUAUCCUGCGAUACGGCCAUGUCUGGAGGAAGCGUUGCGAGUAUACGGCAUGUGUUCAUGAUUAG